UUUUUGUUCUAGAGCUUUCAGGUGUGCUGUCAAGCUGCUAGUGUAAGCUCCUAUGAGGACUAUCUUGAUGACAUUAAUUGCUGUGGGGAGACCCAUGCUGACUGCAGAUGAGACCGUCCCCUGAGCAGGCGAUCCUGGAUUGUAUAACACACUGAAAGAUAGAAACCCAGGAGAGUUUGAUGGACUUGGGGUAAGGCUGUUAUGAUCCACGUCACAGGCCAGGGUCGAGGCCUGACUCCUGGUCACCCCCAGACACCUGUCCUCCAGGAGUGACUGGAAAGAAGAUGUGAGAUGGCCUGCAACCAUGGCUCAGCUUGGGACUGUAAGGACCUAGGACCCGGAUAUGGCUCCUUUACUGUUGUUUCUGGCAGGAGUCAAAGAAAUGAAUCUGGCCAGUGAGCCAGCAAAUAUGACCAGUUGCCACCUCCCACCUCAAAUUCAAACCCUGCCCACUACCCUACCCAUGUCCAGAGACCCAGGAUUUCAACAUGCUGCUCCCCAGCUGUCUCUAUAAGGCCUACGCCCUUCCAUGAUUGAAUGGAUCCACAAGCUGCCAGGGUGUAGCCACCAGCUGCUCUCACACUCUUCUCAGAACACAGGCUACAGCCUCAUUCUCCACCCUUGGCAGAUCUUCAGGGCUCCCCAUUCCACCUGGUCUGAGAUCGGCAUCCUCCUCCGGGAAGUUGGCACCAUGUGCUUGUCAGGUGACCCGGGGUGUGGCCAGAGGAGCCAGGAAUCUCCACUAUAUAACCUAACCCGCAAUCUGGUCCUGCAGCUCGGGGACCCGCAGACAUGGGAUCCCUGUGGAGCUGGUGGGCCCUGUGGGCUGGAGCAACCCUCCUAUGGGCUCGGCUCUCCCCAGCAGAGGCCUCCUGCCAAGGCAUUCAGUGUGCAUCUGGGCAGCGCUGCCAGAUGGUGAGUGGGAAGGCCAGGUGCGUGGCAGUGUCCACAGCUGUCUGCCGCGCCCAGGGUGAUCCCCACUACACCACCUUCGAUGGCCGUCGCUAUGACAUGAUGGGCUCCUGUUCCUACACCAUGGCUGAACUGUGUGGGUCAGAUGAGACCCUGCCAGCCUUCAGUGUGGAAGCCAAAAAUGAACAUCGGGGCAGCCGCCAAGUCUCCUAUGUGGGCUUGGUCAUAGUCUAUGCCUACAGCCAUUCUGUGUCGCUGGUUCGUGGGGAAACUGGCUUCGUUCGGAUCGACAAUCAGCGCUCCCGCCUUCCUGCCUCUCUGAGUGAGGGUCGCCUGCGUGUGCACCAGAGUGGAACACGAGGUGUGAUAGAGCUGGACUUUGGGCUGGUGGUCACCUAUGACUGGGAUGGCCAGCUGACCCUGAGCCUGCCCAAGCGCUUCCAAGAACAGGUGUGCGGGCUGUGUGGCAACUAUAAUGGAGAUCCUGCUGAUGACUUCCUCACACCUGACUUGGAGCCGGCUCCCAAUGCCUUGGAAUUUGCAAAUAGCUGGAAGCUGGAUGAUGGGGACUACCUGUGUGAUGAUGGCUGCCACACCUCUUGUCCUUCCUGCACCCCGGGUCAGAUUCAGCACUACAAAGGAGACCGUCUCUGUGGCAUGCUAACUCUGUCCACAGGCCCCUUCUCUGCCUGCCAUGAGUUCCUGGACCCCAAGCCUUUCCUGGAAGAUUGUGUAUUCGACCUGUGUAUAACUGGAGGGGAGCGGCUCAGCCUGUGCCGGAGCCUCAGCGCCUAUGCCCAGGCCUGUGUAGAACUGGGUGUCACUCUGGAGAACUGGAGAUUACCAGCCAGCUGCCCCAUGUCCUGCCCUGCCAACAGCUGCUAUGAUCCUUGCAGCCCUGCCUGCCCGCCCUCCUGCAACUCAGAAGCCGCACCGGCCAACUGCUCUUCGCGCCCUUGCGUGGAGGGCUGCGUGUGCCUUCCGGGCUUCGUUGCCAGUGGUGGUGAUUGUGUGCCUGUCUCGUCCUGUGGGUGCAUCUAUCAGGGUCGCCCGCUGGCCCCAGGUCAGGAAGUGUUCGAUGAUGACCAAUGCCGCCGCCGCUGCACCUGUGAUGGGGCCACUCAGAAAGUCACCUGCAGGGACACAUCAGGAUGUCCUAGUGGCGAGCGCUGCAAUGUGCAGAAUGGCCUCCUGGGUUGCUACCCAGACAACUUCGCCAGCUGCCAGGCAUCUGGAGACCCGCACUACGUGAGCUUCGACGGAAAGCGUUUUGACUUUAUGGGUACCUGCACAUACCUGCUGGUGGGCUCUUGUGGCCAGAACGCGGCGCUGCCUGCCUUUAGGGUGCUGGUGGAAAAUGAACACCGAGGCAGCCAGACCGUGAGCUACACAAGAGCUGUGCGGGUAGUGGCCCACGGGGUAGAAGUGGCUAUACGAAGGGAGAAUCCUGGAAGAGUACUGGUGGAUGGUGUCCUUCAGUACCUGCCGUUCCAGGCUGCAGGUGGGAAGAUUCAGGUGUACCGCCAGGGCAACGAUGCUGUUGUGAGCACAGACUUUGGCAUGAUUGUUACCUACAACUGGGAUGCUCGAGUGACUGCCAAGGUGCCCAGCAGCUAUGCUAAAGCUGUGUGUGGGCUCUGUGGGAACUUCAAUGGAAACCCAGAUGAUGACCUGGCUCUGAAGGGCGGAGGCCAAGCUACCAGCGUAUUGGAUUUUGGGAACAGCUGGCAAGAAGAGAUAAUACCUGGGUGUGGAGCAACUGAACCUGGUGACUGUCCCCAACUGGACUCCCUUGUGACCCAGCAAAUUCAAAACAAAAAGGAAUGUGGGAUCCUUGCUGAUCCUGAGGGUCCUUUCAGGGAAUGUCACAAGUUGCUGAACCCCCAGGGUGCCAUCCGUGACUGUGUCUAUGACCUCUGCCUGCUGCCCGGUCAGUCUGGGCCACUCUGUGAUGCAUUGGCCACCUAUGCUGCUGCAUGCCAGGCUGCAGGGGGCACUGUGCAUCCCUGGAGGAGUGAGAAACUUUGCCCCCUGACCUGCCCGCCUAACAGCCACUAUGAGGUGUGUUCCUACGGAUGCCCACUGUCCUGUGGAGACCUGCCAGUGCCUGGAGGCUGUGGCUCAGAAUGCCGAGAGAGCUGUGUCUGUGAUGAGGGCUUUGCCCUCAGUGGUGAGUCUUGUGUGCCUCUGGCCUCCUGCGGCUGUGUAUACCAGGGCACCUAUCACGCACCAGGAGAAACCUUCUACCCUGGACCUGGAUGCGAUUCUCUUUGCCACUGCGAGGAAGGUGGCCUGGUUUCCUGUGAGCCCUCAUCCUGCGGCCCACAGGAAGCCUGCAAACCAUCCAAUGGCGUCCUGGGGUGUGUGGCUGUGGGCACUACCACCUGCCAGGCAUCAGGAGACCCUCAUUACAUCACCUUUGACGGCCGCCGCUUUGACUUCAUGGGCACCUGUGUGUACGUGCUAGCGCAAACCUGUGGAACCCGGCCUGGUCUACACGAGUUCACUGUCCUACAGGAGAAUGAGGCCUGGGGUAAUGGGAAAGUCAGUGUAACCAAGGUGAUCACCGUCCUGGUGGCCAACUACACCUUGCGACUGGAGCAGAGUCAGUGGAAGGUCAAGGUAAAUGGUGUGGACAUGAAGCUGCCAGUGGUGCUGGAUGGAGGCAAGAUCCGAGUUUCCCAACACGGGUCUGACGUUGUGAUUGAAACCGAUUUUGGCCUGCGUGUGGCCUAUGACCUUGUGUACUAUGUGCGGGUCACCAUCCCAGGCAACUACUACAAGCAGAUGUGUGGUCUGUGCGGGGAUUACAACGGGGACCCCAAGGAUGACUUCCAGAAGCCCGACGGCUCACAGACAACAGACCCCAGUGACUUUGGGAACUCCUGGGAGGAAGCUGUGCCGGACUCCCCCUGCGCACCAGUGCCCCCCUGCACAGGAGAUGACUGUGACACCGAAUGCAGCCCUGAGCUGCAGGACAAAUAUCAUGGGGAGCAGUUCUGCGGACUGCUUACCAGCCCCACUGGGCCACUGGCUGCUUGCCACAAGCUGGUAGACCCUCAGGGUCCCUUAGAAGACUGUGUCUUUGAUGUCUGCCUGGGUGGCGGGAACCUGAGCAUUCUCUGCAACAACAUCCAUGCCUACGUGAGCGCCUGCCAGGCGGCUGGGGGGCAAGUGGAACCAUGGAGGACUGAAACUUUCUGUCCAAUGGAGUGCCCCCCUCACAGCCACUAUGAGGUCUGUGCAGACACUUGCUCCCUGGGCUGCUGGGCUCUCAGUACACCCCAGAAGUGCCCAGAAGGGUGUGCUGAGGGCUGUGAAUGUGACUCUGGCUUCCUGUACAAUGGCAAAGUCUGCGUGCCCAUCGAGGAAUGUGGCUGCUACCACAACGGGGUCUACUAUGAGCCAGAGGAGUCAGUUCUCAUUGAAAACUGCCAGCAGCAUUGUGUGUGCCAUCCAGGCAAAGGCAUGGUGUGCCAGGAUCAUAGCUGCAAGCCAGGAGAGGUGUGCGAGCCCUCAGGAGGUGUCCUGACCUGCGUCACCAAAGACCCAUGCCAUGGUAUCACCUGCCGGCCACAGGAGACCUGCACAGUUCAAGGUGGCCAGGGCGUGUGUGUGCCCAACUAUAACUCCACAUGUUGGCUGUGGGGUGACCCUCACUACAACUCCUUCGAUGGCUGGAGCUAUGACUUCCAGGGCACCUGCAACUACCUGCUGGCAGGAACUGUCUGUCCCGGGGUCAAUGCAGAGGGCCUGACUCCCUUCACUGUCACAACCAAGAAUGAGAACCGGGGUAACCCCUCUGUGUCCUACGUGAGACUGGUCACUGUGACCACCCUCAACAUCAACAUUUCCAUCCACAAGAAUGAGAUUGGCAAAGUCCGGGUGAACGGAGCUCUGAUGGCCUUGCCUGUCUACUUGGCUGGUGGGCAGAUUUCAGUGAUUAAUGGAGGUUCAAAGGCUGUGCUGGUGACUGACUUUGGGCUCCAGGUCACCUACGAUUGGAACUGGAGAGUAGAGGUCACACUGCCGAGCAGCUACCAUGGUGCAGUGUGCGGGCUCUGUGGAAACAUGGACAAAAACCCCCAAAAUGACCAAGUCUUCCCUAACGGCACAACGGCACCCUCAAUACCUACCUGGGGUGGCAGCUGGCAAGUUCCAGGGUGGGACCCUCUUUGUUGGAACGAAUGUCAGGGGUCCUGUCCCACGUGCCCAGAGGACCGAGUGGAGGAGUAUGAGGGUCCUGGCUUCUGUGGACCUCUGGAUCCUAGAUCAGGGGGCCCAUUCGCCAGCUGCCAUGCCCAUGUGCCUCCUGAAAGCUACUUCAAGGGAUGUGUGCUGGACGUGUGCCUGGGUGGUGGCAACAAAGACAUCCUAUGCCAGGCACUGGCUGCCUAUGCUGCUGCCUGCCAAGCUGCUGGCAUCAAAAUCGAGGACUGGAGGACACAGGCUGGUUGUGGUUGGGUCAAUGGCACAUACCAUGAAGCAGGCACCGAGUUUUGGACUGACACCACCUGUUCUAAGAGGUGUCACUGUGGACCUGGAGGUGACUCCUUGGUCUGCAAGCCUGCCAGCUGUGGGCUGGGUGAGGAGUGUGCCUUGUUGCCCUCUGGGGAGCUCGGCUGCCAACCUGCGAGCAUAGCUGAAUGCCAAGCCUGGGGUGAUCCCCAUUACACCACCCUAGAUGGGCACCGGUUUGACUUCCAAGGCACCUGCGAGUACCUGUUGAGCGCACCCUGCCAUGAGCCACCUACAGGGACUGAAUACUUCAAUGUCACCGUGGCUAAUGAGCACAGGGGCAGCCAGGCUGUCAGCUACACCAGAAGUGUCACUCUGCAUAUCUAUGGCCUCAGCUUGACUCUCAGUGCCCAAUGGCCCAGGAAGCUACAGGUGAAUGGAGAGUUUGUUGCUCUGCCCUUCCAUCUGGACCAGAAACUCAGUGUUUACAUAAGUGGAGCAGAUGUAGUAGUGAACACUGCCUCAGGGCUCUCCCUGGCUUUUGAUGGAGACAGUUUCGUUCGCCUGCGCGUGCCCGCAGCCUAUGCAGGCACCCUCUGCGGCCUGUGCGGCAACUACAACAAGAAUCCCAGCGAUGACCUGACUGCAGUGGACGGGAACCCUGAGGGCUGGAAAGUGGGCGGAGCCCCAGGCUGUGACCAGUGCCAGCCUGGGCCUUGCCCCAAACCCUGCACACCUGAAGAACAGGAACCCUUCCGUGGCCCUGACGCCUGUGGCAUUAUCACGGCCACCGAUGGCCCACUAGCGCCCUGCCACAGCCUUGUGCCACCCACGCAGUACUUCGAGUCUUGCUUGCUGGACGCCUGUCAGGUUCAGGGACAUCCAGGAGGGCUCUGUCCUGCUAUAGCCACCUAUGUGGCAGCAUGUCAAGCUGCUGGGGCCCAACUUGGAGAAUGGAGGAAGCCAGACUUCUGUCGUGGCUGCCUCCAUGAUGGACGCUACUAUGUGCUAGGUGCCACCUUCUACCCAGGCCCUGAGUGUGAGCGGCUUUGUGAGUGCGGGCCUGGUGGCCAGGUCACCUGCCAGAAAGGUGCAGAUUGUGAGCCCUAUGAGGAAUGCCGCAUAGAGAAUGGCGUUCAGGCCUGCCAUCCCACUGGCUGUGGCCACUGCCUGGCUAACGGAGGCGUCCAUUAUGUCACCCUUGAUGGACGGGUGUACGAUCUUCAUGGCACCUGCUCCUAUGUCUUGGCCAGCGUCUGUCGCCCAAAACCUGGAGACGAGGAGUUCUCCAUUGUGCUUGAAAACAACUCAGUUGGUGAUCCCCAGCGGGUGGUGGUUACUGUGGCAGACCAGGUUGUGGUCCUGGCUCGAGGGCCACAGGUGACCGUGGAUGGUGAAGCCGUAGCCCUGCCUGUGGCCAUAGGCCAUGUGAGUGUGACGGCUGAAGGCCGAAACAUGGUUCUGCAGACAAACAAGGGCAUGAAGGUUCUCUUUGAUGGCGAUGCCCAUAUCCUCAUGUCCAUCCCGAGUCCCUUCCGUGGACGUCUCUGUGGCCUCUGUGGGAACUUCAAUGGGAACUGGAGUGACGACUUUGUGCUGCCCAGUGGAGCAGUGGCCCCCAACGUGGAUGCCUUUGGAAAUGCAUGGCGAGCUCCCGGCUCCUCCUUGGGCUGUAGUGAAGGCUGUGGGCCACAAGGCUGCCCAGUGUGCUUGGCACAGGAGACACAAACAUAUGAGAAAAAUGAUGCCUGUGGGAAAAUCCGAGACCCCCAAGGCCCCUUUGCAGCUUGCCACAAGGUUCUGAGUCCCUUGGAAUACUUCCGCCAAUGCGUGUAUGACAUGUGUGCCCAUAAGGGAGACAAAGCCUAUCUCUGCCGUAGCCUGGCAGCUUAUACGGCAGCCUGCCAGGCGGCUGGUGCAGCAGUGAAGCCCUGGAGGACAGACAGCUUCUGCCCUCUCCAGUGUCCUGCUCACAGCCACUACUCUGUCUGCACACGCUCCUGCCAGGGCUCCUGUGCUGCUCUCUCUGGCCUCACUGGCUGCACCACCCGCUGCUUUGAAGGGUGUGAGUGCGAUGAUCACUUCCUGCUCUCCCAGGGUGUGUGCAUUCCUGCCCAGGACUGUGGCUGUGUCCACAAUGGCCAAUAUAUGCCGGUGAACUCCUCCCUGAUGUCCUCAGAUUGCAGCGAGCUCUGUUGCUGCUCCGAAAGCACCGGCCUGACAUGCCAUGCAGCUGGCUGCCCAUCUGGCCAUGUCUGUGAGAUCCAAGCUGGAGUUCGGGAGUGCCAGGCUGCCCGUGGUCUCUGCUCCCUCUCUGUGGGCGCCAACCUCACUACCUUUGAUGGCGCUCACAAUGCCAUCAGCUCCCCUGGUGUCUAUGAGCUUUCUUCUCGAUGCCCAGGGCUCCAAAAGAAUGUGCCCUGGUACAGAGUGCUUGCUGAUGUCCAGCCUUGCCAUGGCAAUGACAACAUUGUAAGCAAGAUCCACAUCUUCUUCCAGGAUGGCAUGGUGACUGUGAUCCCAAGCAAGGGCGCGUGGGUGAAUGGUCUCCGAGUGGAUCUCCCAGCCACUGUCUUAACAUCUGUGUCUGUGAGGAAGAUGCCCGACGGCUCCAUGCUUGUCCACCAGAAGGCUGGGGUCAAGUUGUGGCUUGGAAAAGAUGGACACCUGGAUGUGAUGGUUGGUGAUGACCUUGCAGCCAUGCUGUGUGGGGCCUGUGGAAACUUUGAUGGGGACCAAACCAAUGAUGCACAUGGUUCUCAGGGGAAGACAUCAGUAGAGAAGUGGAGAGCACAGGACUUCUCCACAUGUUCCAACUGAUCAGUCACCACUGGCACUGAAGACAUCAAGACCUGCUCCCUCCCAGAAGUUACAGUGACUGGAAGAUGUCCUGUGUGUCCCUUCCCUGUCCCUCCCCCUUGCUGAGCCACUGACACCAAACCUGAAAGCAUUGAGUAAAUAUCUAGACCCAGA